AUGUGUGCCUUGGCCGAUCAGCAUUACCUGGAGGUUUCAUGUACUCCUCAUGGAUGGGAUCUGUUGCUUUACAUAUUUCAGUUUAUCAGGAUUGUGCUUUUCUACUGCGUGAUCAUGUUGACAGGUAGCGGAUGGUGUUUCCGGAAGCCUUCUUUGCAAGGAAGGGACAAGUUGGUUUUUAUGACUGUAACCCUAAUUCAAGUUAUCGUUAAUGUAAACUUAAUCUUGAUAGGCGAAACUGUCUCUUAUAGUUAUAUAGACCGGUUGAGUUGGAUAGUAGUAAUUAUUUUGGCAGAUUUUUUUUGUCGCUUUGCUGUUUGUGUCUCCUUUAAGUGGUCGCCGAGGGCUAGAUUUGAAAGACCAGAAUCAUGGCUGGUGAUGGGUAUUGUAUAUUUUAACAUAUGGAGCAUUCUUUUACGUCGAGGGCCUGACUAUGCAGCUUACCAAUGCCCGUGGGUGUUUAAUAUUGUGUUAGAUGAAACCGUUAAUCUUGUGCUCUGUAUGGUGCUAUUUUACAUUUUCAGGCCAUCUGAGAAAGACGAAUGCAUUGUUGAUGAAAAGGCAGCCAACAUGAGUUUGGGGGAUGAUGAGGAGCUUGGGCUUUUAAAUUCCAUAUAUUGA